UGCUCUAGGAUCGAUGGCGACGAACGUACACCGUAUUCGGCCUGGGGACCGAAUUGGAAAUUACCUGGUGCUGGAUGUUAUUGGGGAAGGCAGCUACGGACGUGUGUUCCAUGUUCAGGACAAAAGAUCGCAUGAGGAGUUUGCUCUCAAAUUCGAAACGAAGAACCGAAGUUUAUUGCAACAUGAGAGUCAAGUGAUUAAUGAAAUUCAUCGAAUAGCACCUGGCGGAUUCGCUCCUGAAAUACCAGCAGCUAAAAUUGUUCAUAUUGAAAAUGUUCUCCGCAAAAUUUUCAUCGUAGACUUUGGUUUGAGCCGAAAAUAUCUAGACAAAAACGGACAGCACGUCCCAUUAUUGUACCGUCAGGGAACUCGAGGCACGCUUGCUUACAUGUCGAUCAACACGCAACAAGGCAUCUCCAUGUCUAGGAGAGAUGAUAUCGAAAGCCUGUCUUACGUUGCAAUAUUCCUGGCCAAAGGCUCUCUGCCGUGGAGCCAAGUCAACUUGCAAGACAAAGCAAAGAUGUACCAGGAUGCUCUCUUUCUCAAGAAACGUGUCAAUCAAUACGAACUUUGCAGAGAGCUACCUCCAGUGUUCCUAGAAUUUUUGAAAUACGCUCGUCAAAUGAAAUUUGCUCAACAGUCCGAAUACACCCCAUAGAUGAAAAGGUUUAUAGCAGCUUCAAAUAACCCCCCCCCCCUCUGCUGGCCAUCAUUCCUGGUCUACGGCACAAAGCUACUCGCUCGCCCGACGCCGGCCAACGUCUUUUUCCAGUGAAGAGACUUACUCCUCAGCUGGCUUUCCAAAGCAGCCCGUCAAAUAGGAUGAACGAGACGUCAGAGAAUCGGAACCGGUCAGACCAAAAAUUUACAAGGUUUAGCAACCUUUGUAGAAGCCAGUGCAAUCAUCUUCAACCAAAAGUACACCAAACUUCACAUACGAUGAAAGUUGUAGCGGGUUUCAACACCACCCAUAUCGCAAUAAUUUGCGUGGGCAUCCGAUUUUCCAGCAAGCAGGUCAAAACUGCUUCACAGGGGAACGAGGUUUUUUGCCUUGGAACAAUCGUGAUCGAGUUGUCUACAUUGUUCAGAGCGAUGACACAGAAAGUUCCACCAACGAAAACUCGAGUCAGACGUGCAGUUGCUAAUUUAGAGAUGGUAGAGUGCUUGAAAACCUGCCCAUAAAAACCGCAGAACUUGUCAGAGGUUGGAACAAGUCCGGUACCGGAUAAACUGAAACCGGUUGGCAAUAGCGGUUCAGAAGCCGUUUCCCGUUUUUCGGCAAAUUUUCGAAAAGAACGGACAGGAAGCGGUCUUACUUCUGAAACUUCUUCUACCUCUGAGUUGUAGGCUACAUGAUUUUCAUAUGUGGACAGUGGAAGUCUGGAAGAUUAAUUUGAAAUAUGAAGAGCUCUGUUGUUUAAAUUCAUUGAAGCGUAGUUUUUCUUGAAAAUAAUAUGUAAGCCGUAUUAAACUCCGUAUUCUGAGAUUUUUUGUGCUAAUAAAUGAU